AUGGGAGAUGAUGGGAGAUGGGAGAUGGGAGAUGAUGGGAGAUGGGAGAUGGGAGAUGAUGGGAGAUGGGAGAUGGGAGAUGGGAGAUGGGAGAUGGGAGAUGGGAGAAGAUGGGAGAUGGGAGAUGAUGGGAGAUGGGAGAUGGGAGAUGGGAGAUGGGAGAUGGGAGAUGGGAGAUGGGAGAUGGGAGAUGGGAGAUGGGAGAUGGAGAUGGGAGAUGGGAGAUGGGAGAUGGGAGAUGGGAGAUGGGAGAUGGGAGAUGAGCGGGCGCGCGGUGUGUUCGAGACGAGGGGGAUAGGGUUUUUGGAUUAG